AUGACCUUUUAUAGGUUUCAUCGUAAGGAUGUAUUGGACUUGCAGUGGUCCACUGAUGGUACAUUUCUUAUUCCUGGAUCUGUUGACAGCACUUGUAUCAUAUGGGAUGUGAAUAAAGGUUCUGUGCAUCAAAUUUUAGAUGGCCAUUCUCAUUAUGUCCAAGGUGUUGCAUGGGAUCCAUUAGCUAAGUUUUUAGCUUCGCUCAGCUCAGAUAGAACCUGCAGGAUUUAUGUCAACAAGCCAUCUAAAACAAAAGGAAAUGAUAGGAUGAACUACAUUUGUCAGUAUGUCAUAUCAAGGUUGGAACCACAGACUACAGAUGAAUCCAAGACAGCUAAAAAUCACCUCUUCCAUGAUGAGACACUGCCAUCUUUUUUCCGAAGAUUAGCUUGGUCUCCUGAUGGAUCAUUCUUACUUGUGCCUGCAGGUUCUUUCAAACAUACACCAUCUUCUGAAUUAGUAAAUGCUGCAUAUAUCCUUUCUAGAAAUGAUCUUGCUAGACCUGCUUUGACGCUUCCUGGUGCCAGCAAACCUGUUGUGGCAGUGCGGUUCUGCCCUGUGAGAUUUAGCUUGCGAGGAUUAAAGUCAUUUGUUCUAUUUAGGUUUAGUGCUGCUCUUAUCAGCAGCUAUGCUGAUAGAAGUAAAUCCUGA